CUCUCAUUUAUUCAUUAUAACCCCAUGAGGAGUUGCUAAUAUCACCCUAAUUUUAUAGAUGUGGGGACUGAGGCAAAUGAAGCCGAUUGACUUUAGACUUCUGAGCUCUCUACACUCCUGCAUUCUCUUUCCUUGAAUUGGUCCUGUCAUCACAUAGAAGUAUUCAGCUCGGGGCAGGAUCCACCAACAGGCCCUUCCUGCCUGAGCACGUCGGAGACCUUUAGAAGCUGUGCAGACAGCAGCAACUUCAGCGCUCCUUGAAGCUGGCUCUGGAGGUGAAGGCCGUGGACAAAAUGGGUAACCUAUAGCACUGCUGCUGCCUCUCAUUCCCCACUUGGGCUGCAGUUCCAACUCUCUGUCCUUUGGGGCUCAGGGAUGCCACGUAGGAAGUAAAAUCUCUCAACUACACAAGGACCACAAUGGAUGCUCUGCAGCUGGCAAAUUCGGCUUUUGCUGUUGACCUGUUCAAACAACUGUGUGACAAGGAGCCAGCAGGCAAUGUCCUUUUCUCUCCAAUCUGUCUCUCCACCUCGCUAUCACUUGCUCAAGUAGGUGCCAAAGGUGACACAGCAAAUGAAAUUGGACAGGUCCUUCAUUUUGAAAAUGUCAAAGAUGUGCCCUUUGGAUUUCAAACAGUUACCUCGGAUGUAAAUAAACUUAGUUCCUUUUACUCUUUGAAACUAAUCAAGCGGCUCUACGUAGACAAAUCUCUGAACCCUUCUACAGAAUUCCUCAGCUCUACAAAGAGACCAUAUGCAAAAGAGUUGGAAACUGUUGAUUUCAAAGAUAAACUGGAUGAGACGAAAGUUCAGAUCAACAACUCCAUUAAGGAUCUCACAGAUGGCCACUUUGAGAACAUUUUAUCUGACAACAGUGUGAGUGAUCAGACCAAAAUCCUUGUGGUUAAUGCUGCCUACUUUGUUGGGAAGUGGAUGAAGAAAUUUCCUGAGUCAGAAACAAAGGAAUGCCCUUUCAGAGUCAGCAAGACAGACACCAAACCAGUGCAAAUGAUGAAUAUGGAGGCCACAUUCUGUAUGGGGAACAUCGAUGAUAUCAACUGUAAGAUCAUAGAGCUUCCUUUUCAAAACAAGCACCUCAGCAUGCUUAUCUUACUCCCCAAGGAUGUGGAGGAUGAGUCCACAGGCCUGGAGAAGAUCGAAAAACAGCUCAACUCAGAGACACUGUUGCGGUGGACCAAUCCCAGCACCAUGGCCAAUGCCAAAGUCAAACUCUCUCUUCCAAAGUUUAAGGUGGAAAAGAUGGUUGAUCCUAGGGCUAGCCUGGAAAACUUAGGGCUGAAAAAUUUAUUUAAUGAAAGUACAUCUGAUUUCUCUGGAAUGUCAGAGACCAAGGGAGUGGCUCUGUCAAAUGUGGUUCACAAAGUGUGCUUAGAAAUAACCGAAGAUGGUGGAGACUCCAUAGAGGUGCCAGGAUCCCGGAUCUUGCAACACAAGGAUGAAUUCAGUGCUGACCACCCCUUUAUUUAUCUCAUCAGGCACAACAAAACGCGAAACAUCAUUUUCUUUGGCAAGUUCUGUUCUCCUUAAGUGGUACAACCCAAGUUAAGUCCCACCUGAUUUAUCUGUGGAUGCAGGUUUCUGUAAACUCUGCAUCCAGAGAAUCCCUUUCUAAAUGCAAUAAAUUGUUAACAUUGCUGAAUCAGGAAGCAGCCAGAAUUUGUCACAUGUAGCCUUCACACUAACAGGCCAUCCUUUUCUCAUUCUUUUGUUACAUUUUUUACCUCCAUAAAAGAAAAUGACACAUACUUUUAAUGAAAAGGGAGCACGUUAGAGGAAAAAAUAUUCUCUCCUUGUCAAACUGUUCAGAGCUCCCACAUGAAGUAAUCCUAUUAGGUAGAUCUGGAGGAUCUUGUUCCUAGAACUUUGCCUUUCUCUGCCAAGAUGUAGAAUGUUCUAGAAAUUCUGAAACUCUAAAGAAACUCUAGUCCACAGAACCCACAAAAACUGCCCUAAUCCAGUGAAAAUGUGCACAUAUUCACUCUACUGUACAAAUGCUUAUGUUAAAACAUGGGAGACAAGUUUUCUUUUUUUCUCAAACUUUGAAUUUUGGGGAUUUUAGGGAGGUAGUACAUUGCAUGUAUGUGCUUUUGGUAGGCUAUGGAAAUCCAUCAAUAGGGUCUGCACUGGCAUUGCCUCAGUAGUUCUGUAACGAAUAUUCACACAAAAUGGACAAAUAAAGACUGUACUCUGUAAUGGUCAAAUUCUGCUGACAAACAAGUAUGCUACCAGAUUAUGAAAACACUAGAAAUAUUCUAGAUUUUGACAUGUUGGUUAAAG